AAGACAUCUGUCUACUUUGUCUGUCUGUUGUGAUUGCAAUUAUAGAGUUUGUGUGUGUGUUGAAGGUUGAAGUACGUGCGGUAUAAAUUGAGGGUACUAAAAUAUAGCAGUAAGUUAAAAAAAUCUUAUUGGAAUUCAACUGUUUUUCAGAAUGGAUGGUUUAUUCGAUGACAUUGAGAGCCCAGAAGACUUAGCAGCUCCAAUAAAAUCAAUAAAAGAUAAAUGUAAAUUGGUACCUGCAUUUUUGAAAACUAAAGGGUUAGUUAAACAGCAUAUAGACUCUUUUGAUCAUUUCAUCAAUGUAGGAAUAAAAAAGAUUGUUAAAGCCAAUGAAAAAAUUAUUUCUGAUGUUGAUCCGUAUUUUUAUAUUAAGUAUUUGGAUAUAAAAGUUGGAAAGCCAGUUAUUGAAGCAGGUUAUCAUAUGGCAAAUUUAACAACUCCACAUGAGUGUCGACUGCGAGAUAUUACAUACAGUGCACCCAUUACAGUUGAUGUAGAGUAUGUGAAAGGUCAGCAGAGAUACAGAAAACUUGAUCUAAAUAUUGGAAAGAUGCCUAUUAUGUUGCGUAGUUCCAAUUGUAGACUACGAGGCAAAACUCAGCAUGAAUUGUAUUCACUGAAUGAAUGCCCUUUAGAUCCAGGAGGUUAUUUCAUUGUUAAUGGAACAGAGAAAGUAAUUCUGAUGCAAGAGCAACUGUCCAAAAAUCGAAUGAUUGUUGAAAAAGACAGAAAAGGUUGCAUAUCAUGCCAAGUAACAAGUUCAACCAGUGAAAAGAAAACUAGGACAAAUGUCAUAACAAAGAAAGGUCGUUUUUAUCUGAAGCAUAACAGUUUUACUGAUGAUAUCCCCAUUGUAAUUGUUUUCAAAGCUAUGGGCUUUGAAUGUGAUCAAGAGAUAGUUCAGAUGAUUGGUACUGAUGAGAGUACUUUGACAAAACUUUUUCCCUGCAUAGAUGAUUGUCGUCGAGCUGAAGUAUAUACUCAAACUCAAGCCUUACGAUACAUGGGAAGUAAACUGAGGCAGAGAAAAUUUUGGAACUCUGCAUCUGCUGCACAAAAGAAAACUCCUAUUGAUGAAGCCAGGGAUCUCUUAGCUACAACAGUUUUAGCUCAUGUUCCA